CUUCGUCAUAACAUCAAGUGGAAAGCCCUCAAUGAAGGAAUUUCUUUUAUGAUGUUUCAUAUAAUUGUUUUGUUUUGCUUUUUCUUUUUUUGGAAAAAAAUUGAAAGAUUAAAUUUAGAGAAAUUGUGUCAGACUAACUUGGUAAAUUGACCUCUCUUUUCUUCCGAAAAUUUAACUCACAUUUUUCUCUCCUCCGUGCGGUUGUCUUCUUUUCUGUAAACCCUAUUUCACGACGUUCAACCGCCCCUCCCUCCCAUUACCAGCUAUGCACCCUGCCGCCGCCCGCUGCUAGACGACGGUGUCUCAGCCGCUGCCGCCCAUCCUGCACUCUCAUCUGCUGCAGUCUCUGCCCUUCAACAAACUCACUGCCGCUCCCUCCCUCUCACACUCCCUCGUUACUCAUCUCUGUCAUCCCCUAACCCGCGCCGUUCGUGAGAUUGGGCAGCCGCUCAGAUUCGGCAUAAGAUUUUUCAUCUAGGUUUAGCUCCUUCCCAUUCCUUCUCACGGUUUCUCAGAAUAAUCCUACACGGUGAUGGAGGACAUAGAGCAACAGCAAAAUAAAACCAAACACAAGGGGAAGCAUGACAAGCCGAAGCCAUGGGACGAAGAUCCUAACAUUGACCGUUGGAAAGUUGAGAAGUUUGAUCCCUCUUGGAAUGAAGGUGGCAUGCUUGAAGUCAGCUCUUUCUCUACUCUGUUUCCCGUGUACAGAGAAAAAUAUUUGCGAGAGACAUGGCCAGUUGUGAAGUCUGCUCUGAAAGAGUUUGGUAUUGUUUGUGAACUGAAUUUGAUUGAAGGAUCAAUGACAGUUUCAACAACUAGAAAGACUAGGGAUCCGUAUAUUAUUGUCAAGGCAAGGGAUCUGAUUAAGCUUUUGUCAAGAAGUGUUCCUGCUCCUCAGGCAAUAAAAAUAUUGGAUGAUGAAAUGCAAUGUGACAUUAUUAAGAUUGGGAACUUGGUACGCAAGAAGGAACGAUUUGUUAAAAGAAGACGCCUUCUUGUGGGCCCAAAUUCAUCAACUUUAAAGGCGCUUGAAAUAUUGACAGGAUGCUAUAUUCUUGUUCAGGGCAACACUGUUGCUGCGAUGGGUUCAUUCAAAGGUUUAAAGCAAGUUAGGAGGGUAGUGGAAGAGUGCAUGAUGAAUAAAAUGCAUCCUGUAUACAAUAUUAAGAUUCUCAUGAUGAAAAAAGAGCUUGCUAAUGAUCCAGCACUUGCAAAUGAAAAUUGGGAUAGGUUUCUUCCCAAAUUCAAGAAGAAAACUGUCAAACAAAAGAAGGUCAAGAGUAAACAGAAGAAGCCGUACACACCUUUCCCUCCUCCUCAGCAACCUAGCCAGAUUGAUAUACAAUUGGAAACUGGAGAAUACUUUUUAAGUGACAAAAAGAAGUCAGCAAAGAAAUGGCAGGACAAGCAGGAGAAGCAGGCAGAAAAAACUGCUGAAAACAAGAGAAAAAGAGAAGCUGCCUUUGUUCCUCCUAAGGAGCCACCGAUGCAGGAUACAGAACCCGAUCAAGAUAACAAUGAUAUAUCCGAAAUGGCAAAGGCCUUGAAGGAAAAGGCCAAGGCAUUUGGUAAACGAAAAGCUAUGGAAGCUAUCAAUCCGGAAGCUUAUAUUGCAUCAUCCAGCGAUCGGCCGCAUUUCAAGAAGAGAUCCAAGACAUCAUCGUAGAAGUUGGUAAAGUGACAAGUAGGAUGUGGUCUUACAUGGACACUACGAGGCACAUGGAUAACAUGAAGAUUGACAUAUGGUUUUUAGGAUACUAAGCAAUUGACAUUAUUUACUAUUAUAAUAUUUAUAAUACUCUCUUUUAUAUGUUUGUAUAUAUAUGAAAUGUGUCUCGUUAAAGUCUUA